CCCGGAAGUGACGAGUGGUAUCGAGACGAGGCGCUGGAGCUAAAACUACAGGGGUGCUUGCAGAGCCCUCAUACAUACUCCAGUAACCAUGUCAGACAGCGAGGACAGUAACUUCUCGGAUGAAGAGAGUGAGAGAAGCAGCGAAGCUGAGGAGGUGGAGGAGAACGAUAAUGAGGAAGUGGUGGAGAGAGCCAGCGCUGCAGGUAGCGAAAAGGGUGAAGAAGAGGAUGUGGAGGAGGAAGAUGAGGAGGAAUAUGAUGAAGAGGAAGAAGAAGAGGAUGAUGACCGACCACGCAAGAAGCCUCGUCAUGGAGGUUUCAUUUUGGAUGAGGCCGAUGUUGAUGAUGAAUAUGAAGAUGAAGAUCAGUGGGAAGACGGAGCAGAAGAUAUCCUGGAGAAAGCUGAGGAAAUAGAAGCCUCUAACAUUGACAAUGUGGUUCUGGAUGAGGACCGGUCUGGUGCUCGCCGCCUGCAAAACCUGUGGAGAGAUCAAAGAGAAGAGGAGCUGGGGGAAUAUUACAUGAAGAAAUAUGCUAAAUCAUCUGUGGGAGAGCAUAUAUAUGGAGGAUCAGAUGAGCUGUCAGAUGACAUUACCCAGCAGCAGCUGCUUCCUGGAGUCAAAGACCCUAAUUUGUGGACAGUGAAGUGUAAGAUUGGAGAGGAACGAGCUACAGUGAUCUCCCUCAUGAGGAAAUUCAUUGCAUACCAGUUUACAGACACACCCCUGCAGAUAAAGUCUGUGGUUGCCCCUGAACAUGUGAAGGGAUACAUCUAUGUGGAGGCUUACAAACAAACCCAUGUAAAGCAGGCCAUUGAGGGUGUGGGAAACCUGCGCAUGGGCUUCUGGAAUCAGCAGAUGGUACCCAUAAAGGAAAUGACAGAUGUCCUGAAAGUUGUGAAGGAAGUCACCAACCUUAAGCCCAAAUCCUGGGUACGACUCAAGAGAGGCAUCUACAAGGACGACAUUGCCCAGGUGGACUACGUAGAGCCCAGUCAGAAUACGAUCUCGCUGAAAAUGAUUCCGAGGAUUGACUAUGACCGAAUCAAAGCUCGCAUGAGCUUGAAAGAUUGGUUUGCCAAGAGGAAGAAGUAUCGGAGGCCACCACAGAGACUGUUUGAUGCAGAGAAGAUCAGGUCUCUUGGAGGCGAUGUUUCUUCAGAUGGAGAUUUUCUUAUUUUUGAAGGGAACCGUUACAGUCGAAAGGGGUUCCUGUUUAAGAGCUUUGCAAUGUCCGCAGUGAUCACAGAAGGGGUGAAGCCAACACUGUCAGAGUUAGAAAAGUUUGAGGACCAACCAGAGGGGGUCGACUUGGAAGUGGUUACUGAGGCAACAGGUAAAGAGCGGGAGCAUAGCCUGCAGCCAGGAGAUAAUGUGGAAGUCUGUGAAGGAGAGUUGAUAAACCUACAGGGAAAAAUUCUUAGUGUGGAUGGAAACAAAAUCACCAUCUUGCCCAAGCACGAAGACCUUAAGGACAUGUUGGAGUUCCCAGCUCAAGAGUUGCGGAAAUAUUUCCGUAUGGGAGAUCAUGUCAAGGUGAUCGCUGGACGCUAUGAGGGAGACACUGGUCUGGUUGUACGAGUGGAGGAGAAUUUUGUCAUCCUUUUCUCAGACCUCACGAUGCAUGAACUGAAGGUUCUUCCCAGAGACUUGCAGUUGUGCUCAGAGACUGCCUCUGGGGUGGAUGUAGGAGGUCAGCAUGAGUGGGGCGAGAUGGUGCAGCUAGACCCUCAGACGGUUGGGGUUAUUGUGCGCCUGGAGAGAGAGACCUUUCAGAUUCUGAAUAUGCAUGGAAAGCUGGUUACUGUUAGACAUCAAGCUGUCAACAGAAAGAAGGAUAAUCGAUUUGCAGUGGCUCUGGACUCAGAAGAGAAUAAUAUUCAUGUUAAAGACAUUGUCAAAGUCAUCGAUGGACCCCACUCGGGCCGCGAAGGAGAAAUUCGUCAUUUGUUCCGUAAUUAUGCUUUUCUUCACUGUAAAAAGCUAGUUGAGAACGGCGGGAUGUUUGUUUGUAAAACACGAUACCUCGUCCUGGCUGGAGGCUCCAAGCCUCGUGAUGUCACAAACUUUAUGGGUGGAUUUGCACCAAUGAGUCCUCGAAUUAGCAGCCCGCUGCAUCCCAGCGGGGCAGGUAAUGCAGGACAGCGUGGUGGUGCAGCAGGAGCAGGUGGUGCUGCAGGAAGGGGGAGGGGACGAAGAGACAAUGAUUUGAUUGGUGCGACUGUACGAAUAUCUCAAGGUCCCUACAAAGGUUACAUUGGAGUUGUGAAGGAUGCCACAGAAUCUACAGCUAGAGUUGAACUACAUUCCACAUGUCAGACUAUAUCUGUGGAUAGACAGCGACUCACCACUGUCGGUUCUCAGCGUGUCAUAGGAAGGGCGUCCACCCACCUCCGUACCCCUAUAUAUGGAUCUCAGACUCCCAUGUAUGGAACUGGCUCUCGGACUCCCAUGUAUGGGUCCCAGACACCACUUCACGAUGGAAGCCGGACCCCUCACUAUGGCUCUCAGACCCCGCUGCAUGAUGGCAGCAGAACCCCAGCACAGAGUGGGGCAUGGGACCCUAACAACCCCAAUACCCCAUCCAGGGCGGAUGAAGAGUAUGAUUACAGAUACGAUGAUGAGCCGUCGCCCUCACCCCAGGGCUAUGGUGGGACACCAAAUCCUCAAACUCCUGGGUACCCUGAUGUGCCCUCACCUCAAGUCAAUGCACCGUAUCACCCCCAGACGCCUGGAACACCUGCCAUGUACAAUACAGACCAGUUUUCUCCAUACGCUGCCACCUCACCGCAGGGUUCCUACCAACCUAGUCCCAGCCCUCAAAGUUAUCACCAAGUGGCACCUAGUCCUGUAGGCUACCAGAAUACCCACUCACCAGCCAGCUACCACCCCACUCCCUCACCCAUGGCAUACCAGGCCAGUCCGAGUCCCAGCCCUAUGGGUUACAGCCCCAUGACACCUGGAGCACCCUCUCCUGGUGGGUACAAUCCUCAUACCCCAGGCUCAUCCAUAGAACAAGUAUCUAGUGAAUGGGUAACCACAGAUAUCCAAGUGAAGGUGCGUGAUACAUGCCAAGACAACCAGGUGGUUGGACAGACCGGAAUCAUACGCAGUGUUACAGGUGGUCUCUGCUCCGUGCUCCUGCAGGACAGUGAGAAAGUCAUCAGCCUCUCUGGAGAUCACUUGGAACCCGUCACUCCAACGAAAAAUAGCCGGGUAAAAGUGAUCCUUGGAGAGGACCGGGAGGCAAUGGGUGUGCUGCUCAGUAUUGAUAACGAAGAUGGCAUUGUACGCAUGGACCUGGAUGAGCAGCUUAAGAUUCUCAACCUUCAUUUUCUGGGCAAACUGGAGUCCUGAGAUAGACAUUUUGGUUCCAGUACUUGGCAAAGUGGGGCAGGGUUUACCCCUUUGUAUAGCUGCGUGCAGUGUGCAUUCAAUCCCUGGUUACUGUGUAAUAUUUAUAUGGUGCAGCUGGUAAAGCAGACAAAACCCCUCAUGGUCUUGUGUCUUUAAUAUACUGUCAUUGUGUGGCAUACCACAAGGUUUUCUAGAUAAGCCUUCAUAUGAUUCACAGCCUGUUCCAUUGGUACUAUGCAGUGUGCGUACUCCUCCUGUGUCGCAUUUUGGGUUCAAUAUAAAUGGUUGAGAAAUAUAUCUUGCAAAAGUCCAAAGAGACCAAUGCGACCAUUAUCAUCAAAUGUUAAAUCAUACUUGGAGAGUGCUUCCCAAAAACUGACACACAUUUUGCUACAAAGUUUCAAGAAGCUGCUGGCUCUGCCACCCUUAUAAUUUUAUAGUGGGAUUUUGGAGAUAGCUUGGGGUAAAUAAAUGCAUGUCCUCCACUAUGAAAGAACUUCUCCUAGUCGGCUGUAAAUAUCAUAUGAAUAUGGCUAUAUUCCACACAGAACAGCAUACGUUUAUGGACAUAAGCAGACAGUUUAGCAAACAUUCUGAGCCUGUUCCCUUUCCUUCCGCUGGAGUUUUUUUUAGUUUCAUUGAUAAGGGAGUGUUGCUUUUCACUUCUUUUUAUGUCCCUGCUUAAAAGCUGUCAUAACAUUGCUGGUUGUCAUUCCUCUGUCCUAUAUAUUGUGUACUGCAAGGAACAAAUAUACAGAUCCUUAUUGUUUAAAUGGUCAUGAAACCCCAACUUUUUCUUUCAUAGUUCAUGUAGAGCAUGCAAGUUUAAACAACGUUCCAAUUUACGUCUACUGUUUAAUUUUCUUUGUUUUUUUGUAUCCUUUGUUGAAAAGCAUACCUAGGUAGGCUCAGAAAACAGCAAUGCGCUACUGUGGCUGCACAUAUAUGCCUUUUGCUAUUGGCUGGGCUGAUGUGUUCAGCUAGCUCCCAGUAGUGAAAUGCUGGCCCUUCAGCAAAGGAUACCAAGAGAAUAGCAACAUGGAAAGUUGUUUCAAUCUUUUUGGGUUUUGUGUCCCUUUUAAUUCCUUUCAGUCUUGUCAAUAGACUGCAAAGGUAGAUACUACCUCAUUCUGCCAUGUCGCCUAUAAGUCCUGUUUAUGGUGUCUGGAGGGGUUAGGACUACAUCUAACCUGCACUUCCUUUCUCAGUCCCCAUAUUUCUUUACUGGUUGGCUUCAAGCUAUGAUUUCCCUUUAAAGUGAUAUGCAACUUUUUUUUGUUGUUACUGUGUAAUAAAUACCAACAAUUCAGCGCUGCAUUGCUUUAAUAUUACUUGCAGUCAAUGGAAAUAACCCUUUAAAAAAGCUUGCUAAGUUUAUCUCCUUUGUUGUGGCCAGUUAAGGACAGAUGCAAAUUAGCUCUCCUGCAAGCAAUUACAAUUUGCUGAGUUAAAUUACAAGGAAAGGACAAGAUAAAUAGUCAAAAUUACAAUACAAAGUAUUUUUACUAUGUAAAAUUAAACAUUUUACGGUGAAUUCUUUGUGGGUUUUAUGUCCCUUAUCUUGUUUAAAGGGACAGUCUACACAUUAGUCAUCUUAAAGGGACAGUCUACGCCUUAGUCAUCUUAAAGGGACAGUCAAGUCAAAAAAACAACUUUCAUGUUUCAGAUAGGGCAUGUAAUUUUAAACAACUUUCCAAUUUACUUUUAUCCCCAAUUUUGCUUUAUUCUCUUAGUAUUCUUUGUUGUAAGCUAAACAUAGGAAGGCUCAUAUGAUCAUUUUUAAUGCCCUUGAAGGCCACACAUGCUUUUUUUUUUUCUUUUCACAACAGGGGAGAGCUAGUUCAUUUAAACCAUAUAGAUAACAUUGGGAUCACACCUGUGGAUUGUGGCAGACACUGCAUUAACUGGCUAAAAUGAAAGUCAAUAGAUAAUAAAUAAAAUGUCAAGUGAUCAGGAGGCUGUCAGAAGAGGCUUAGAUACAAGUUAAUCACAAAGGUAAAAAGUGUAUUAUUAUAAGUAUUGGUUAUGCAAAACUGGGGAAUGAGUAGUAAAGGGAUUAUCUAUCUUUUAAAACAACAAACAUUCUGGUGUUGACUGUCCCUUUAAAGUCUUACUUUAGAUUAAGCUGCAAAUAGCCUCCUGCAUCUUUUCUAUACCAUGCAGCAGGAACGGUACAAAGUUAUUUUAAAAUGAAUAUUGUUUCUGCUCUCUUUAAAAUGUCUGUCAAGCUCUGACAUCACAAUCUGGGCUGCAUAUGGCAUCCAAUCACAAAAGGCCAACUAGUUUGAUUCAGCAGUGUGCCCAGAUGCAGCUCAGAUCAUGAUGUCAUCAGUGGGUGGAUCUAGGCAGCCAUUUAAAAUUGGCCAGAAACAAUAAAUUACUUUUUUUACUGUUCCUGCUACAUGAUAUAGAAAGAGGUGCAGGAGGUAAUUUGCAGCUUAAUAUAAGGUAAGACUUGAAGAUGAGUAAGAUGUAUGUCCCUUUAAAUUAAAAACUGGAGUUGAAGCUGUGGUGCUCUGUCUAGAAUAUGGCCAUCUUCAUAUCACUCAGAAUAUAGCAUGGAUAAAAAAAUAGACCAAAAACACAACUGAACAAUGUUUCAUAAAUAUUAAUAAAAUAUCAUACGCAUCCCUUCGGAGAACAACCUUUUACAAUGAAUGUGAAAAUCACCAAAUGUUUUAAAUAUAAAUAACCCUGAUGAAAUGUCUUUAUUGGUAUGUUGAGCUUCAGUACAUAGUUUAAAAUAAAUUUCAGGAAUUGUAUUAUUUAAAAAAUAUUGUGACUAAUGUGAAUCGUCAGUCAUCUUUCUCAGUUGCUGAAAAUUUGCCAUUGUAUAUAAAUAGACCCAGCUUUUGUGGAAGAAUUUAGUUUUUGUUUUCACCAUUCAACAAGGAACGAUACCUUUGUUGCUAGAUAAUGUUUGUUCAAGGACAUAUUUUUUUAUAUAUAUGCAUAGUGUAUAUUGACAAUUAAGCGCUGUUUUGCAAAAGAUUUGCAUAAAAAUAAAUGUCUUUAAAAUA